AUGCUUAUUUAUCCUAUCCCAAUGAUAGUGGCACUGUUUGGUGAGCCAGAAGAUAUAUCCCAGUCUUCCAGUUCUUCUAUCGCUUCCUGGCUUACGAAGAAGAAACACUUGCGAAGAAAACUUGGAAUUAUGUCUCGGGAUAAACAAGUAGCCGAAAGCAAAGAUGUAUACAUAACAACUAAAGCUCGGAAAACUUGCAAGAUCCAGACAGAAAAAAGCAAGCGCCCUUUUUCUAAUCUCCUGAGAAACGAUGGUUUUAUGGCGGAUGCUGUUCUCUUUAACAAAGUAAAUCGAAGCGCAGAAGAUUAUAAGUUUUGCUGUGAGCAGGAAGUCGACAUUGAGCACGUGGUGCAGACAGUUGUUAACCGAGAUCCUGCACGCUUCUUUUUGUGGUGUUGA